CCUGGCCCUGCCCCUCCCCCUCCCGCUGCCUCCCGCUGCCUCCCGCUCCUCCGAGCGCUCGGCAUGAGCUUCCUCAAGCGCUUCCCGGCCCCGGGCGCCGGCGAAGGGCUGCGGCGGCAGCAGCCGCACACGGAGGCCCUGCUGGACGGGCGGGCCCUGGGCACCGGCACCCUCUACAUCGCCGACAGCCGCCUGUCGUGGCUGGACGGCUCGGGCCUGGGCUUCUCCCUGGAGUACCCCUCCAUCAGCCUGCACGCCGUCUCCCGGGACCUCAACGCCUUCCCCAGGGAGCACCUCUACGUCAUGGUCAACGCCAAGUUCACGGAGGACGAGGCGAAGGAGACGCCCGUGGCCGAGGGCGACGGCCGGGACCAGAGCGACGAGGACGAGGAGGCGGAGCCCAUCGCGGAGUUCCGGUUCGUGCCCGGCGACAGAUCUGCACUGGAAGCCAUGUUUUCGGCCAUGUGCGAGUGCCAGGCCUUGCACCCGGACCCCGAGGACGACGACUCGGACGACGACUACGAGGGAGGCGAGUACGACGUGGAGGCCCACGAGCGGGGGGGCCAGGGCGACCUCCCCACCUUCUACACGUACGAGGAAGGCCUGUCCCAGCUGACGGCGGAAGGCCAGGCCACGCUGGAGAGGCUGGAGGGGAUGCUGGCCCAGUCGGAGGGCAGCCGUUACCACAUGGCGGGGGUCCGCACCGACGACUCCUCCAGGGAUUUUGAGGAUGGGAUGGAGGUGGACCCCCCGCCGGCCGUGGCGGGGCAGUUCGAAGACGCCGACGUCGACCACUGAAGAGGGCGGUCCGGGCCUCCGCCUCGAUGCCACUCGGGACCGGGCCGUGGGGUGAGGGCCGGGCCCCCUCCUCUUGUCUGUAAAUGCUUUUUAUACGUGUGCGAGUCUUCCGCGGCCUUGGGGGAGCGUUUCCCUUUUUUUUUUUUUUUUUUUUAAAUAAACGGUUCCCUGCAGCUGG